AUGAUUGAAACAGCUACAUACAAGACCAAAAGCCAGGCCAAGAAUUUAACGGCUCAUCAAAUGUUAGAGAAAUUAGAAUCCAUGGAAUUUCACGGAUCAAUGACUCCUGUACUAAACCGAAACGAUCCAAUAAAGAUUUUGGAGAAUAUUGAAAUUAAUAAAUCUCAAGUACAACUUUCAAAAAAAGCGACAACUGAUAUAGUAUGUAAUUUUUAUUAGUAUAUAUACCCUUAUAAUACACAAAAAGGCUCUCUAACAUGUUAAAAAUUUGCUGUAAUAUUGCAAUAACAUACAUCUUAAAAAUGAAAUACGGGAUAAGAGAUUAAAAGUCUCCUCUCAAAUGACUGUAAUUGAAUAAAUUAAAUUUCUAAUACUACAAAAUUGACCAAUGCAAUAAAAUUUCUUUUUAAUAAAUUCUUUAAUGUUAUAUAUAAGAGUUACUUUUUAAAAAUCAUUUUUCUUAUUUUGAAAGUUUUAUUAAAGUUAAAUCGUAAUUUUUAAUCAUAUUUAAUAUUCUUCCAAUUUUUAAUUUAAUUUAAGUUUCUAAUUCAAGGUUUUUUUCUGUUUUUCAUAUGCAUUUUUGUGGGUUUCUAUUAAAUUCUAAAUCUGGCUUCGAGUUACAUCUGAUGAUAAAACCAAAUUAAUAAGUUCUACAUUAAACUACAUUGUAAAAUUUGACACUUAUAUUGUACAGUUAUUAUCGCUUCAGGGUUUGAAAAUCAUAAUUAUGCAUUGGUAUUGAAAUAGACUAAAAAAAGGGUUAUAAUUAUAAUUUUUUAUGUUCCCAACAUAAUAUGUACAUUUUUACCUAAAUAAUAUCAUUGGUUAUGAAUAAAAUGAUAAUAUUUUUAAAAAUAAAAAUUGACCAAUGCAAUAAAAUUUCUCCCUAAUAAAUUCUUUUAUGUUAUAUAAAAGAGUUACUUUUAAAAUCAUAUUUGUAGUUUAGAAAUUUUUAUUUCAAUCNUUAUUAAAGUUAAAUCGUAAUUUUUAAUCAUAUUUAAUAUUCUUCCAAUUUUUAAUUUAAUUUAUGGUUUUAUUCUGUUUUUCAUGUGCAUUUUUGUGGGUUUCUAUUAAAUUCUAAAUCUGGCUUCGAGUUACAUCUGAUGAUAAAACCAAAUUAAUAAGUUCUACAUUAAACUACAUUGUAAAAUUUGACACUUAUAUUGUACAGUUAUUAUCGCUUCAGGGUUUGAAAAUCAUAAUUAUGCAUUGGUAUUGAAAUAGACUAAAAAAAGGGUUAUAAUUAUAAUUUUUUAUGUUCCCAACAUAAUAUGUACAUUUUUACCUAAAUAAUAUCAUUGGUUAUGAAUAAAAUGAUAAUAUUUUCAAAAAUAAAAAAAUAAUUUUAUAUCCAAUUUCAAUAUUAGAAAUUUAAGCACUUUUUUUUAAUUUAAAGUGUCCUAUUUUGUAUUAUAGGAAAUGGAUAACCAAGCAGGAAUUGAUUUACACGAUGGAUGUGUGCAUAUCAGUUCAUUCCAAAAGACUCCAGCAUCCAUGAUUCAGGAAUUUGCUACCAGAAGGAAUAUCCCUUGUAAAUUUGACCUCAUAGACAAUAAUGAUCCAUCAUCAAACAAUGUAUUUAAGUAUAGAUUAACAUUAGGUGACGAUCAAACUGUAGGUGAUGGAACUUCAAAAAAAAGUGCUAAACAUCAAGUAGCUUUAAAUAUGCUUAACGUUUUAAAGCAACAUAAUCCCCGUAUUUUUGAAACUGAAUUUAAGCAAAUUGAUUUUGGAAACCAAGUUGAUAUUUGUAACAAUAUUAAAGUAAACGUUGUUGGCAGUUUAUCCAAUUUAUGUGUCAUUAACAAUCUUGGAAAACCAGUUUAUGAGCUAGUACGGGAAGAAGGAAAGCCACACACUAAAUUGUAUACGUUUAGUUGUCAAGUAGCUCAAAUGGUUGAAACAGCUACAUACAAGACCAAAAGACAGGCCAAGAAUUUAGCUGCUUUUCAAAUGCUGAGAAAAAUAGAAUCCAUGGAAUUUACUUUAGUUUAA